AUGAGCAGCUGGUGGGGUGACUCUGUUGUUAACUCUGAGGGCUCUGGCUCUGGGGUUAACAUCAACGGCUCUAGCGGCCCUGGCCCUCAGCGGUUUUUGAUAUCCGCAUAUGUCCCUCCUCAUCUCCGUGGCCAUCCUCCACUUUCUGACGUCCCAGCUACUCUGCCAAUCCUCUCAGACAUACCUUCAGGUCCACCGCGGCAACCUGGUAACGAGGUCCUUCCUGGAGGGAAUCGAUGGGGUGGUGCUGCCGUCCGUGACAUGCGUCGCCCGCCCUUUGCUGGCGGGCGUGGAGGUGGAUGGAACAAUAGGACUGGAGGGUUAGACCGUGGAAGGGAGCGGGAGGUGAACCCCUUUGCCAAUGAUGACGAUACUAAAGAGCCAACAUUUGACGAGGAGAAUACUGGCAUUAAUUUUGAUGCCUAUGAGGACAUCCCUGUUGAGACAAGUGGUGAUAAUGUGCCCCCUCCAGUGAGUACAUUUGCAGAGAUUGAUUUGGGUGAUGCACUUAAUGCGAAUAUACGGAGAUGCAAGUAUGUGAAGCCAACGCCAGUUCAGCGACAUGCAAUUCCUAUCUCUGUGGCUGGUAGAGAUCUAAUGGCCUGUGCUCAGACAGGAUCUGGCAAGACAGCUGCCUUUUGUUUUCCCGUGAUUUGUGGUAUAAUGAAAGGCCCACCUACGCAGAGGCCACGGGGAGUGCGGACAGCAUACCCCCUUGCCCUUAUAUUAUCUCCCACGAGGGAACUUUCAGUCCAGGUAAAUUUCCUCUUUCAAAAAUCUGUUGGUCUUUUUAGGUCUUAUCUCUUUUGCUUUUAUUGCUGCUUCUUGCCCUUUGUGAUAUUUUUUAUCCCAUACCAAAAUCUGUAGAUUCACGAGGAGGCAAGAAAAUUUUCCUAUCAAACUGGGGUGAGGGUUGUUGUUGCUUAUGGAGGAGCCCCAAUUCAUCAACAGGUUUUUUUUCCCCAUUUUUAAAUGUUGCCUUUCGAUGUUGAUCUACAUCAUGAUUCCUGUUUGUCGUUGUUCCUCAUGUUGAUGAUUGCCAAAGAACUUUGAUGACCGGGGAUGAUUGGAUUUUAAUUUCAGUGUUAAAUUUCUUCCCAUUAAUGUAGCUUUCAGAUGUCCACAUUUUAUCCAGUAACUCGCUCCUUAUGUUGCUGGAUACAUUGGAGUUAGGAUCCUUUUUUUAUUCGAAUCCCUUGAUGGAUGCUUAAACAUCGGUUGAGUUUCCUUUCUACUAUGCUUAGUUCAAAUUUGAAAUGGCUGCCCUUAUUUACUAUUGUUUCACAAUGCAUUGUCGUUGAUGAUGAAAGUGUAAUGUCUUUUAUUGUUUUAUAAGUUAUCACAGAGGCUCUAUAUAUCAGUUAUGUGUUUAAUUAGUCCUAGGAAUGAAAUUGGAAUCUAGAAAUAGUCUGGUCUUGGCUUCUGCUGUUCUGAUUUCAAUUCCAGUACAGAACCAACCAAUUCUAGCUAUGUACGGGUACCUUUUCCUGGUUUGGAGCAAUACAUGAGGAUCAUUUGAGGAAGAGAUGGAGGAGAGUAGGGUUUGCAUUUACUUUCUUUUCCUCUACUUAAGAAGGUGAUAUAGACUGAAGAAUACACAGUUUCCUGACUCUUUGAUAUUUAUAUAAAAAUUCGUUCAGAAUUCUAAAUUACGCAUUACCCCCUAAUCAGUAAGGAUUUCAAACUCACUUGAGGCUUUUUUUUUUGUUUUUUGGAAAACUGACUGGUACAACCCUAAAGGGAACUGGCCACUGCUGCUUUGUCAUGGCAGGUUUGGAUGAUAUUAUAAUUUUGCUACUAAUUUUUUAGCUGAACAUCCGCAGAGGCUCAAUUUGUUCCAUAGUAAAUUGUUUUUUGAUGUGGCUUAUUCCAGGGUUCAUAAAUUUCAUUUAUCUAAUGCUUUAAUUCCUCAUCAUUAGUAGUGUAACAGUAUUCUUCAUAAUGAUCUCUUAGAUCUAAUUAGUUGCAAGUAUUUUAUUAUAAAAAAAUAUUCAGAGAGUAUUGUUUUGUUAUAAAUAUUACCUUUUAAUCAUGGAGAACUUUUUCAUGCUAUUUCCUUGUAUAAUAUGUUUUACUCGAUCAUUAGAAUAAAUCUCCUUAGAACGCAUGUUGAUAGGCCUGUAUUGAUGUUAUUGAUGCUGCUUUUUUUUUUUUUUUUUUUUUUUUGCCCAAUUGACUGUUGUCGAUGUGACUUUGUAGCUACGGGAGCUUGAAAGAGGUGUUGACAUUCUUGUGGCGACUCCUGGCCGUUUGGUAGAUUUGUUGGAGAGAGCUAGAGUAUCAUUGCAGAUGAUCAGGUACCUUUGCCUAGAUGAGGCAGACCGAAUGCUGGAUAUGGGUUUUGAACCGCAGAUUCGAAAGAUUGUUGAACAAACGGACAUGCCUCAGAGGGGGUUUCGGCAGACUAUGAUGUUUAGUGCCACCUUUCCUAAAGAAAUUCAGGUUUACUCGCUGCCAUCUUGUUUGCAUAUCGUUCUUUUGAAAUCUAGACAUACUGAAUGUUGACUUGUUUUAUCAAUGCAUGUCUCUCUUGCUCUGUGCUUAAAAUGAACCGUCAGUGGCUGUUGUAAUGUACCAUUUUGUUUCAUGCUUUCAGGGGGAAGUUUGUUAUAGUUUUACCUCAAGCUAUACCCUGUGUAUUUAUAUCUGAUAAAUAUUUUAUACUCAAGCUAUGGUUUUUUUGUACAUUAGUUUGGUCGACGCAUUUAACAUACGUCAAGUAUCGUCAGAACUUGUGAAGAAUCCCCUAUCAAGUAGUCAGAUCGAUGCAAAGGCAUUAAACUAUACUUGCUAUUUAUAACUGCAGAUGCUAAACAUAGGCCAUUUGUCUGUGAUUUUAGACACUUUUCUAGGGCAUUAUUUUUUGAGUGUAGAACUUGUCCGACAUGUUAAACAUCUACGUGCGGGCUUGAAGUUCCUACAAUCAUCUGUACUUGAUGUAAAAUAAGAAGACCCAAAUUGCACAGUUAACACAAUGGUUCAAGUUUGACGUGCUUGUGUCCAAUUUGGAUGUCAGUUUUCGAUUGCAUUGCAAGAUUAUAACAAAAAAAGAAGGCUUCAACCAUAUAGACCCGAUUGUUAUGACUAAAUUGUUAAUAAUCUGUGCUUUUAUCCUGUUACUUAUCAUAAAAAAGGAUAUCAUUAGUUUAUCUGUUAUGUUUUAUGUAGAUUCUUCUCAGGAUCACCGAUUGUUCGUGUCUUUGACAACUUACUCCGUAGAGCACUACCUAGCUUUUCCUUUGGGUUCUUCAAGUAGCGUUCCAUUUGGGGAAUGAUUUAUGGAUAACGAAUUUUUCAGGAAAAGGCACCAUAUCUUUUGGCCACUUCUAUGUCGCUAGUCUUGCAUCAAUUCCUUAGCAACUCCUCUCAAGUAUUUGCUGGAUUGGCCGUUCCACUCUAAUCAAUCAUUCUGGUCAUAAUUCCACUAAAGCUUGUAGUGGACUCCAGAGACAUUAUCCCUUGUCAUAGUCGAUUUACCCAUCUGCACAUGUGCCAGCUGCUAUGCCUGUAGCAUGCAUUGAAUAUGCGACAUUGAUUACUACUCGUUCUCAUUGAUUGAAUAUUACCCUGUGCAUCUUGAAAGGCAUAGUUCAUGUUUUAUAGAGGUUCAGGCUUUUGUUUGACUUCUUAUUUGCUCACUUGUUUUGUGUGAUGUGCUGCAUUUCUGUUUUAUUUACGCAAUCACUCUGCCUAGUGAAUGCGAUAACAGUAUUCUCUUCUAACAUAAUAUCGAAAAUUUGCAGAGAUUGGCUUCUGAUUUCCUAUUCAAUUACAUUUUUCUGGCUGUUGGGAGGGUUGGCUCGAGUACUGACCUAAUUGUCCAGCGGGUUGAAUUUGUUCAUGAAUCGGACAAAAGGAGUCACCUUAUGGACCUUCUUCAUGCACAAAAAGCAAAUGGAACUCCUGGCAAGGUUGAAUGUUUCUCCCAUGCACUUUUUUUGUCUUUGAUUAUUUUUUCUAGUUAUAAUCAUAGAUCCUGCUUGAUUGCUCUUCACCAGUUCAAUUUGUUGCUCACACUUGGUUAUCUAUACUCUUUUGCAGCAAGCUUUGACAUUGGUUUUUGUUGAGACAAAAAAGGGUGCUGAUUCAUUGGAACAUUGGUUGUGUAUGAAGGGUUUCCCUGCGACUACUAUUCACGGGGAUAGAACACAGCAGGUAAAGUUUGUUCAUAUGUUAACAUUUGUAGCUAUAACGGGAGUACUAAGAGGAGUAAAUGUAAAUGUAAUAUACAGCUUUCCGCCAGCUUGAUAUUAUUCUAUCUUUCAUGCCCCCUUCACAGUUUCUUUUCAUAAAUGUAUGGCUUUUUUCUUGUGUAUACUUUUUUUCUCUCCAGACAGAAGCAGUUUAAGUUUGUCAUUCAGUUAUUGAUGAAAUCAGUUGUUAAUAUAGUGGAUUUGGGGAUCGUUCUCAAGAGAAUAAUGAAACUCUUGGUAGAAUGCCCAAAAGGAAACGCAGUGAACAUGCAUUAUUUUUUGACUAAACCUCAAGGAUUCAGUAUGUGCAUAGGAACCACAUAGUCGGAGAAAGGCACUUGAUUUUUGCUUCUUAAAUUAUUUUCGGAAGUUAGCAUCCAGGAACUGUUAGUCCAUGAUUUACUUUUGAUAUUACAGAACCAUAUGCUAUUCGAUCAAUAAGGGGCGGCCACUAUUUAUUCGAGCAUCUCACAGAAUUGGUUUGAUUGAACUGCGCUUGGGUUGCUUCUUGUUGUGAGAGCUGAAGUGGGGUACUUUCUCCCACUGUUGACUGGCCUCGUGACUGCUUCCCACCUUUACAGAGUUUCUUUGACCAGAAACCUCCCCAUUGCCUUGCAAAAGGUUGUUAAUCGCGUAGUCUAAUGAAAAAACUUGCUAAGUUCUAUGAUUGAUCAGACUGGGCUUAUAUGAUGAGGUUUAGAAGGAUUAUGGUGUGUGUGUUGAACCUAAUAAUGACAUGAUGAUGAUUGUGGUGAUGAUAAUAGACCUUCAUCAUAGCUUGCUUUAGAUGUGUCAGGUUUGCCAGGAUUAAGAGUUUGGUGCGGCAACGAAUUUAGCGUAAUUUUUUUUUCUGUUGUUGAAUUUCGUGCUGUAUUUCUUACGUUUGUGGUAUUUCGUUCACUAAUACAUGUAUGAUUGUUUUGUGAGUAUCUGACUAUCUAAUCCCCUCCAUCGAUGACUUCAGUUAAACUUCAUAAUAUUUUCUCCACUUAUACCUUUUUGUGUUUGAGCGAGGGAGGAAUCUUUGGGUACCCACGAUGUUGCUUUUCUAAGAUUAGGACUUGAUAUUUUUUAACUGAAAUUGUCACAGGAAUUUCUUACAUGGAUAGAUAUCCUCUUCUGGAACUUGAAAAAUUCGUAUUUAUGGCCUUUCCAACACAAUAUAACUAUGAUUUCCUACAGGAAAGAGAACUCGCCUUGAGAUCUUUCAAGAGUGGAGCCACACCGAUCCUGGUGGCCACUGAUGUUGCAGCACGAGGGCUUGACAUUCCCCACGUUGCCCAUGUUGUCAAUUUCGAUCUUCCCAAUGAUAUCGAUGACUACGUCCACAGAAUCGGGAGGACUGGGAGAGCCGGGAAGACGGGCCUGGCUACUGCUUUCUUCAACGAGAACAACACCAGCUUGUCUAGGCCUCUCUCUGAUCUAAUGGAGGAGGCAAACCAGGAAGUGCCACAGUGGUUGUCCCGUUAUGCAACCCGUUCCUCAUAUGGUGGAGGCGGGAGGAAUCGUCGAUCGGGCGGAGCCCGCUUUGGUGGUAGAGACUUCCGCAGAGACCACAAUCCGUCCCAUGGAAAGGGUGGCAGAGGUGGUGACCAUUAUGGUGGUGGCGGCAGCGGCGGUGGAUAUGGGGGUGGGUAUGGCAGAAGUGGUGGUUAUGGCUAUCCUGGAGGUGGUGAUCAUUGUGGUGGCGGUGGAGGAGGAUAUGGCAGUGGCUAUGGCAGAGGUGCAUAUGGCUACCCUGGUGGCCACAGUGCUUGGGACUGA